GAUCUUGACCUUACUUUUAUGUAAGUUCGGUUUUGGUUUGAUCAAAUCCACUCCUGUAUAUAUUAAUUAUAAUACUAAUACUUAUUAAUUAAUAAAUUAAGAUGUGUUGAAGCAGUAAUCUAAAAUAAAGAAAUUUGAAAAAUGGCAAGAUGAAUUAUAUUGAAAAUGUCAACCAUGGCUAUCUUCUUCUCCGCAUAUCAAGGGUUGUCUUGUAUGAAGAUGAGAAGAAAUUGGGUUUCUAGUUCAUUGUUGUCUCUCCAUCUAUACCGAAAUUGUGCAGCCUUGAGUUAAGCGUAAUUCACGCUUCUUUUAUCAAAAUCUAGACUGUUUUUCCUUCUUCUUUCUUUCUUUCCUUCUUAUUAUACCAUUCUUCUGUCAAAUUUCUGUCAUUUUCUCUCGAACCAAUCACCGCAUGAAAGUCUUUUCCCGAUCAGGUUAACUACGUUCUGUAAAAUUCUAAUCUUGGAUUCAUGGCAACAACAACUCAAGGGAAGGAGAAGAGAUCAGGCACAGGCAGAAGUAGCAGGCAACCCACCUUUACCUCCAAACCCACCAUUGAUAAAGAAAAAGAAAAGCCUGAGAAGCCCCACCCGAAUUAUCUCAAGCCAACAAUUUCCUCCAGUGAAUCCGUAAAGCUUGUCAAGAAAAACAACACCAAUGGCCAAGAUCAAAAGUUUAUCAGAAGAAGAUCUUUCGACAUCAAGCAGCUUCCCUCCACUUCUUCUCGAACCCAGAGAGAACUUGGCCCUCCAGCUCAUCAGGAGAGCAAAUCUCCAGUGCUUCGUGAGAAGAAAACGACACUUCGAUCUGCCUCUUAUAAUUUGUCUGGAACAAACUCUUCAGCCGCAAAAACCACUAAAGGUGCCGCUGCUGUGAAAUCUCCACAGCUUCAUUCAAGAACCGCAAAGAAGAGUGCAACUUCAAGUACUAAUAACAAGAAGGACAGUCAUACGUCUCCUUCAAAAGAUGAUGCCAGUGGUAGGCAUGAAACAACAGCACAAGCAUUGGAAAAUGAAACCAAGGAACAAGAAGAAGAAAAUAAUGAGUCCGUGGAGAGAGAGAUGGCUGUGCAAUCUGAUGUACGGGAACCUGAAACUGUUGAAGAUGUUGCAGUUGAUGAGGAUGAUGAGAAGAUUUUUAAGUCUUGUGACAUUUCUGCGGUUUCAGAAUCUGAAGAUGUGGUUCAACCUGCAACACCUUCCCAAAUCGAAGAAGAUAGGCACGAAGAAGAUAAAUCAGAUGAAGUGGGUAAUGUUCUUGAACAAGAAACAUCAAAAGAAGAUGUGAAAGAAUCAGAAGAAAGCACAGGCAACGGUGUGAUUAUCCCAGAAGAGACUAUUGUUGAGGAGGUUAAAACUGAGGUUGAAGAUGAGAAAAUGGAAGAUGAUAACGAAAAUAAAACAACUGAAGGAGAUCAACAAGCGUCUAAUGAAGAAGAAGUAACCGUGGAGAUGAGUAAGACCGAGGAAGAAGAAGAACAAGAUCAACAAGAAGUAGAACAGGGAAAGCAAGAGAAUAUUGCGCCUGCAAAUGUGGUCAUUGCUUCAAAGAGGCAAGAGCAAGAGCAAAGGAAGAAGGAAUCGCCAACUGCAUACAAUGAUGUGAUUGAAGAGACUGCAAGUAGGUUGCUUGAGAAGAGGAAGAACAAAGUGAAAGCCCUGGUAGGAGCAUUUCAGACUGUCAUAGAUUACGAGUCUGCAUCAACACCAAAAUGAAGUAAUUGAAACUAAUUUGUGAAGUUGGUGUGUGCAGAAUUUUUCUUAGAACUGAUUUGUGGCGGACAAUUUUAAGGUAUUGAACAUCUUUGUAAUCAGUGUGUGUUGAAAUUGCUGUAUAUUGCAAUAAGUGUGUAAAUUAUCUGGUCAUAUUUAUAGACACAAUUAUUUUGAACCUGCUUCUA